ACGCGAAGCUGAAUAUGAUCAGUCGCCCGGCACUAAGUCAGCGAUAUAUCCACUAACAAAAUUGCCAUUAUUCAAUAACAGCCGGCAAUCGUCAAUUCGGGGCCGGCAAGCCCCUGAUUGCAUAUAAUUAUCGCUAUCGGCCUGAGUUAUGCUGGGCUUAUGCACCAUUGCCCCACCAAGACCUGGAAGUUCCGAAUCACGACAUCGCGACCUUCGCUUGCGAUAAGCAAUCUAGAGCUCACUCGGCCGCCCCAGACACAUCUCAUUACCCAAACGUAGUCGCAAUCCUCGUCAGCUCAAGCACAAUAGCUCACCAUGCCGAGGUAGUACGUAUGAUAUCUGCUGUCCGACGCCGGGUACCUCCGUGUUCUAGUGAUUGCUGGCCCUCUUCAGUAUUGAUAUAAGGUUUGUGGUGCCACCGCCGCCCGCCCUUUUAGAAUGGACGUGGACGAAGAGUCAAGGCCAACGCAGCCGCUCCUCGCCAUGGACCCCAAAGAUCAGAUUUCAAGCCAUUACGGCGCCGUUGCGCCUGGGCGUGAUGUCGAGACCGGAUCAGCAUCGAACAAGAUCGGCGACGAUCAUGACGGAGACCUCGUGACAUCGAAUGAGAACCGCGAUCUCAAACGUGGCCUGCAGCAACGCCACCUGUCUAUGUUGGGUAUCGCGGGUGCUAUUGGAACUGGCCUUUUCCUUGGUCUCGGCAGCGCAGUCGCGACUGCCGGUCCUCUGGGUGCGCUGCUUGCAUAUGCCACUAUUGGCUUACUCGUUUGUGCGGUGCAAUUCGCUCUGGGAGAAGUGGCCGCCCUUCUGCCCGUCACUGGUGCCUUCGUCCGACACGCCGAAUUUCUAGUUGAUCCUGCAUUGGGAUUCGCCAUUGGUUGGAACUUGGUUUAUGGAAACAUCUUGUCUAUACCCGCUGAGAUCACCGCCAUCUGCGUGCUUUUCGAAUUCUGGUGGCCGGAUAUCAGCCCCGCCGUGUGGAUCGUCGUCUUUAUGGUCCUUACAGCCGCGAUCGGAUUUUCGUUCAUUCGCGUCUUUGGAGAAAUCGAGUUCACAUUUGCCGUCAUCAAGAUCCUGCUUGUGAUCUUUCUGAUCAUUCUCGGGUUGGUCAUCAACCUCGGCGGUAUACCCGGGACAGAGAGAAUAGGCUUCAGAUAUUGGCAAGAUCCAGGCCCAUUCGUUGAGUUGCUACCGAUUGCCUCCGGCAACUGGGGCAAAUUCCUAGGUUUCUGGAGCGUCAUGACGGGCGCUGUCUUCUCUUUUGCGGGUGUGGAGUCGCUGGCUAUGGCGGCAGCUGAGGCUCGAAACCCGAAGCGUGCGAUUCCUCGGGCUUGCAAGCGAGUGUUUGCACGUAUUGUGAUCUUCUACAUCCUAGCAGUAUUGAUUGUUGGUAUGCUGGUGGCAAGCAACGAUGAGCGUCUUGGCGACGACUCUGGAACGGCUGCGCAGAGUCCUUUUGUCAUUGCAGCUUCGGCAGCUGGUAUCUCUGCCAUUCCGUCCGUUGUCAACGCCGUUGUUAUCACUUCUGCGUGGUCUGCCUCCAACCAGGCCCUUUUGUCGGGAACUCGUGUGCUGUACGGUCUCGCACUAAAGGGCCAAGCACCCAAGAUCUUCCUACGGACCACCUCGUGGGGUGUACCAUAUGUUUGUGUUUCAUUGUUCUGCGUGUUCAUGUGCUUGAGUUUCAUGAGUUUGAGCAAUGACGCAUACACUGUGUUCUGGUGGUUGGUGGAUUUGACUGCGGCCGGCGUGUUGAUCAGCUGGUCUACAAUCCUCUUGAACCAUUUGAGACUCAAGUUGGCACUGAAGAAGCAAGGGAUUGAUGCAAGCAGGUUGCCAUGGAACAACUCUUGGACUUUCUACAGUUCCGCUGUCGCGUUACCCUUUUGCAUCUUGGUGCUCCUGACCGGCGGCUUUACGGUUUUCUGUGAGGGGCAAUGGGAUGCGGCCAGCUUCGUCUCGUCCUAUUUGGACAUCCCGCUCGUGCUCGGCGCGUAUCUUAUCUGGAAGUUUACCAAGAAGACCAAGGUCGUGUCUCUCAAGAGCAUACCAUUGGAUGAUGCUCUUCUACAGGCAGACCAGUGCCCCGACGAACCGGAGGAGAAGGCCAAAGGUUUGGUGAAGCUUGUUAGCUGGAUAUGGGAUUAAACCAUGGCCGAUAGACAAAAGAGAUGACAGAAAUGCUAGAAUUUCAACAAUUCAUAAGAUAUCACGUUAAGAUACCAUUUGGUCUUUGAUAGUUUCGCACGGCCUUCGCCGUCUCAGACCAUCCAUUUUGUUGUGGCAUGAACGAUGACGGGUUUUGUUCUAAAUUGGAAAGCGGUGAUACUAUGCUGAGC